UAUCAUUUUGUGAGUAUAUCUUUUUAUUUGGAUGUAAAACGCAAGAAUUCUUGACAUGCAUUUUCUCGCUUCUAACGUCAUCAAACAGUUGGAGCAACUACCCAGGAGCGUUAAAACUUAGAGCUUAAAUUCUCAUUAUAGAUCACGCUUUAGACGCGUGGUCGACUAUUGUAGACUAUGACUCGUAUUCGAAACACGCUUACAACGACGUUAACGCGCUGACAAGUUGAGAUAUUAGGGUGCUUUCACAUGCUGCGUAACUUGCAUAAGCAUAAAUUGUGUCAGUCAAUCAAAUCCGCCGUGGUAACUGGUAAUUGGGUAAUUGAGACAAUUUGAUUAAUUGACGCAAGUUACGCUUAGGCUACCUCCCCAUGCGUCGUAACUUGCGUAAGUUACGCAGCAUGUGAAAGUUCCCUUAGCGCUCUUAUUAGCGUGGAUAUUCAAAACAUGAUGAUAGCUGCACUCUGUCAGGGAAAAUCGAUAAUUACGCGCGUCUAAGGCAAAAAUAUCCUAUUCCCUAGAAUUACUAAUAAGUUCUAAUAGCGCACUAACAUUAUCUUAGUAACGCACUGUAAAAGUGGUCAGAGGCAUAUGUAUAAGCGCACUAACAGUUUCUGUCACAUUUAAAAGAAAACAAUAGAGUACAUUGGUGUAAUAAACGAAAUAUGGAAAGGGAAUUUGUAUCAUGGAAAGUUCAUCGAUUGGAAAAUUCUUCAAUUUUCUAUAUUUCCAUUGUGUUUUCUAGAGAAAACUAAAUGAUUGUGGUCGGAAUCUGUUUUAUGAAUAGUUUCAUAAUAGGUAUCCUGACGAAUAAGACACAUGUCGCCCUCGAAUAAUUUCACGAAGCGGCAAUUCGACAAAAUGUUGCCAGAUGUGUGUUGUAUCUGUAAGUUGCAGGGAUUUAUUCGAAUAAUGCGGAAGAUAUUUUUAACACGACAAAAGCGUGGAGUAGAUUGAAGUAUCGUCCGGGUAUUAAUCACCACUAACGCUGUGUGAAUCGGUGCUGUUCUUAUCGUUGUUGCAAUAAAACGAAGCGAGCGUGAUCGUUGCGUUCAAUGCUUACUCCGUUUGCUACGUUCGUUGUGCACGCGAAUACACAUUAAGUCCACAAGCCUCAUGAGAUGAAAUUUUCAUUUGUUUUAUAGAGAGUGACGCGUCCUUUGUGUGCGCAUGUGAGCAGCCCGCACAAAGAAAUUUGAUGAGUUAUCACUGCUAACUGUCAUCGUGUUUAUGAUGUCGCCUCUAGUUGGAAUAUGCGCGAGAAGGAUAAAUAAACAGUUGUUAUCGUGCAAGGCACCAGUCGUCAUCAAACAGGUAGUGCGAAAUUUGGAGAUACACGAGCAUGCCGCGUAUACCUUGUUGAAGACUGCCGGCAUUCCUACUCCGUCUUUCGGAGUGGCAAAGACACCCGAUGAAGCCGCCACUCUGGCCAAGGGUCUUAAGUCCAAGGAUAUCGUGCUGAAAGCACAGGUUCUGGCUGGAGGUCGAGGAAUGGGAAAAUUUUUGGGUACCAACGUUGGAGGUGUUGUGAUGUGCGAAACGCCUGAAGAGGCGAAGAAGUUAGCGAGUAGCAUGAUUGGUAAAGUGCUGGUGACGAAGCAAACAGCUGGGAAGAUAUGCAACUCUGUGAUGGUAACGAUGCGCAUGUUUCCGCGCAAGGAGUAUUACCUUGCAGUGAUGUUGGAACGCACCUUCGACGGACCUGUAUUGAUCCUUUCUAAACAAGGCGGUGUGAAUAUCGAAGACAUCGCUGAAAGAAAUCCUGAAGCUAUAUCAUACAUACCGAUCAACGUGAAUAAAGGCUUAACGGCCGAACAAGCGAACAGCGUCGGCGAUACACUAGGAUUGACAGGAGCGAGCAAGGAGAUCGCGUCAAUCGUCGCCUGUAAUCUGUACCAGCUGUUCAUCGAGAAGGACGCGUUGCUUCUAGAAAUCAAUCCAUUCGCGGAAGAUAUUUGCGGCGAAUAUUACGCUCUGGAUUGCAAAUGCAGCUUUGAUGACAGCGCCGCAUUCAGGCAGAAGGAAUUAUUCAUGUUUAAAGACACGACCCAGAUGGAUCCGAAAGAAGUCGAGGCGGAGAAGUACGACUUAAAUUACAUUACUUUAGAUGGAAACAUCGGUUGCUUGGUAAACGGUGCUGGUCUUGCUAUGGCCACUAUGGACCUCAUAAAAUUCUUCGGCGGUAUGCCAGCAAAUUUCCUAGACGUUGGUGGCACCGCUACAGUCGCAACUGUGACGGAGGGUUUCAAGAUAUUGUCUUCGGCUGAAAAUGUGGAAGCUAUUCUAAUUAACAUCUUUGGUGGCAUAAUGAGGUGUGAUAUAAUCGCCCAAGGCAUCAUCAACGCUUUUCAACAGAUGGAUUUAAAGAUACCUGUGGUCAUGCGAUUACAGGGUACCAAUGUGAAGGAAGCUAAAAUAAUGAUGGCAGAUUCUAAACUAAGAUUUUUUUCGGUAGAUGAUUUUACCGCAGCAGCUGAGACAUCCGUCAAGUUAGCACUGAUGAUGAAUCUCGCAAAGUCUUUAGAUUUAGAUAUUAACAUCAGUAUGAAAUCACCGAAUAAGAAAGCACAAUGAACGUUCACGUUGCGAUGACUAUUCAUAGAGAAGCUGUUUGAAUGGGGACGUUCUUCUUCAUCCGCCGUAUUCUCCCGACCUCGCCCUAUCUAUUACCUAUUUCUCUUUUUGAAAAAUGUUCUCUGAGACAAAAAAUUCCGGCUCUUUAGGAACCUCCAAUAUUCACUUCGAUCAAUAAGAAACCUUCGUUUUGGAACAAGAGCAUCACGCAGCUAUAGGAAAGAUGCUCCAAAGUCACUGAACAAAGUGGUACAUAUUUGUUUCAAUAAAGUUACUCUUUGAAUAAAAUAUUACGUCCUGAACUA